UUAUGCGUCACGCGAGGAAAUGUCGGCCCAAAGUCCCAUGUCCGACGAGGAGUACAGGGACCGCGGUGUUCCCUUCAGUUGCUGCAAUUUGAGAGCAAUGGUGCCGUGCGAGCACACGGAGAUCCUCAACGAGGACGUACGAACCAUAAACACGAACGGCUGCGCCGAAGUCGUCAGUCCUGUUCUCCUUAGAAUAGUAAUCGUCGCCUAUGUAAUGACCAGCACGUUGGUGAUCAUUCAAGUCUUCUUAGCCUUUUUGAUCACGAAGAUUAUGCGCAAGCUUUUAUGCGGAACGUGUCGUUUAUAUCAUCUUCCUGCGGCCUUCGUCGACGAAUCCACCAGCGUAUCGUUAGAGGGUACAAGCUCGGAAACGAAGAGACGAGACUUGAGCACAUCCCCCUCGAACUGGGAGGCGCGACCCUCGCGGGAAACAAAGAGGCGAGAUAAACGACGCAGGAAAAAAAUGAAACUUGUGUCGUCGUCGAGGCGCGUUCGCUCUAAAAAUAAAAGCAGCGCAAAAGACGACACGAAUUCCACUUCCACCACGGCGAAUUCGUCGCCCGCGACCAAGUACACCGAUCGAUCCGCCAUACUUGAAAUCGCGAAAAUCAGACCGACCACUCACGAGGAACACACCAUAGCCAAGAAACGAGACUCGACGCUUUGACGAGAAAAAUAUCGCUUAAAAUUUAUUGAUACCUAAGAGAAGAACGGGGAUCGAGACAACGACCGAUUUCAUUCGUUCGUGUAACAGCUGGCGAGCACGAUCGGUAAUCCUGAAACGUUCGAAGACAGGU